AACAUGACUGGACGCGGCAAAGGUGGCAAAGGUCUUGGAAAGGGUGGAGCUAAGCGUCACCGAAAGGUUCUUCGAGACAACAUCCAGGGAAUCACGAAACCGGCCAUCCGUCGUUUGGCACGUCGAGGAGGCGUUAAGCGCAUCUCGGGCCUGAUCUACGAAGAGACUCGCGGCGUGCUGAAAGUGUUCCUGGAGAACGUGAUCCGCGAUGCGGUCACCUACACCGAGCAUGCUAAGCGCAAGACGGUCACCGCCAUGGACGUCGUAUAUGCUCUGAAGCGUCAGGGCCGUACGCUGUACGGUUUCGGCGGUUAAAAGAACCCUACGAUCGAAAUUUCGCAGCUCAACGCAAAAACGGCCCUUUUCAGGGCCACCACAGAUUACGUAAAGGAUCGCUACUCUUCUGCUAUAUUAGGCUCUCUUUGUGGAUUGCUUUAUUCUUCGCUAUAUUUGAAUCGUUCGUUUGGUUUUCUUAAGCGUGAAUACGAGAAUCAAUGUAAGUAUGGCCAAUGGAAACUUCGAAUGAAACCACGCUGCAAGCGGCUUUACGGUAGCCGGAGUUUGGUUGGUUGUGAGUAGGUUCUGAUGGUUCGAUUUACAAAAUCGAAUCGUUUUCCAGUUUCCGUAGCUCCAUGGGUUUAUGGGCUAAAAAAGCGAGAAUGAUUGAAAUCCUUAAAUAACAGGAGACGCCAAUUAAUGUGUAAAAACCGAUGCUCAUUACCGAUGAUGGCCAGCUGCGAGUGCGUGCGUGUGUGUUAGCUGAUAAACCAACGCCACUUAUCGCGAACAACGCCUGAAAAAAGUUAUUUCGUUCUACGUUCUUCGAUUUUAUUUCUCCGCGAGAACAAUAGGCAUGCAACCCAAAACAUUGAAUCUUUAAUUAUUUUAAUUAAAACAACUCAUCUUGUAUCGCAUGUUACUAUAUUUGCAUUGAUAUUUGCUAUCAGUUACAUUAAACAGCAGCAUAUGUUUACAUUUUCUUCACACAACUAAACAAUACGGGAUUUAUAAAAGGGCAGCCUGGUUUUUAUUACUUUCUACAAAAUUGUAACUUUUCGAUGAAAAAGUUUUCAUGAACGCGCUUGAAUGUGUUGGUGAAAAUUUGCUAAGAAACGAACGAACGCCUGAUCUUCUACAGCCAAUGGAAUGUGUGUAUUUCAUGGUAGAUCUGCGAAACGGAACGAGACUGUCUCUUUCUUACAUACAGAAAUAAAGCGCCGCUGAAGUGGAUUAAUAUUACAGAAUUUUCGCGGCCGGAGCCGGCCGGCCGGUCAUGCGUCACGCUCAAUCGCAUGGGGAACCAAUUCCACCCAAGCUAAAUCACAUCUCUCUCGCUCUGUCUAUUACGUAGCAAACUCAGUUGUUUUUCGCGCCUAAAUUUACGACCGUAUUGUUGCUCUAUAGUAUUGUUGGUGUAGCCGAAACCCCCGACGCUUGAGUGAAGCGGUUUUAA